AAUGGAAAUCGAAGUUUCCCAUUCUCCUCGUCAGACACCCAUUGUUAUUCAGCUCAAGUAUGCGGUCUAAGUGCAGCUUCUGAUAGGCCGAUCGGGCGAUCGAUGAGGCCAUGAUACCUGGCCAAGGAGAAGGUGAACAUGAGCAGCAUGACCUUUUGCUUCGAUGCUCGUUUCUUUAUGGCUGGGCAGGCCUUUAGAGCCGGUUCUCUUUGAGGAUGUCGCCUCCUCCCCCACGCUGCCCCACACCAAGUCCGUCUGUCGCGCCAUCCAAGCCGCAAAGCGCGAUCUUGGUAACGGAAAGGAGGAGAAGAAGAGACCGUCGAAGACCUUGUCGCCGCCGCCGAUGAUCCCCUCCGCGUGCGAUCCGCAUCUCGUCCCGCGCCUCCUCUCCUACGCCGGCGCCUCGCCCGCGCGGCCGCAGGCGGCGGCGCUGCUGGAGCUCUCGGAGGUGGAGAAGGUGCUGCCCGAAGUCCGGGCAGGCGACGUGCGCGUGUUCCCCCGUCGGCGAGGGCGGGCUGCCCGGCGGCGCCUGCGUCGACUCACAUGGUCGUCGCCACAACAUCGCGCAGGCGCUCCUGUACAAGGCACGGACUCCCCUGAAUUCCCCUUCCCCUGCCUCCCCCUAGAAAAACGAAAGGAAGGUUCUUUAGAUCCACAUGUCGUGUAUGGCUCAUGACUGCUCGCCGAUGACCUGCAACCAGCUAGUUUAAACUGUAUUUUUGCACGUUGGAAAGUCAUAUGCAGUGGCAUAAGUACUCGUAACAUAGACAUGAGAGCUGACAGUUUAA